GCCGACCCCAUCAAGAGGCGCAGGACUGGCAAGCAGAGCGUCGCCCCGAGCGUCUGUUCGGCCGCCCCGAGCACCCUCAGCAUCGAGAAGGGCCCCCCCAAGUCUAGGGCGUUCGAAUUCAUGGUGAAUCGAGAUAAGCUGGCGGCACGGGUGAAGGAGGCGAUCAAGGCGAUCAAUGGGCCGAAGUCCCCGUACAAGCAGAUGAUGGCUAAGGCAACGAAGCUUACACCAGAACAGAAGGCUGAGUUGGAGAGCGAUCCCACCGACAUCACGAAAACUCACGCCUCAGUCAUGGACACCCUCAAGCGCCUCGACGAACACAUCAGCAAGCUGAAGCGGCCCGACUACGAGCGCGCGAGGACCGACGUCGUGAAGGUUGAGGCCGAGCUCGAGGAUUUAGGAGAGAAGGUCGAUUCCCAGAUGGAGUGCAUGCAGCUCAUCACCAACAAGGCGUCCAGGGAGACUCGCAAGGAGAACAUGAAGAAGCGCUAUGCCCGCACCAAGGUCUCAGGGCACCUGGUUGCUGGCAAAUACCCGAACACGUUCGCCAAGAUCGUGUCGCAGGCCCUGGAGAAGCUCGAGGACGCAGAUGACGAGGCCAGCCUGUCCGAGGAUAUCCAGAAGAACCCAGAUCACAUCAUCCCUGGCCGCAUCUGCCUGUGGACGAGCGUGGACAACUCCACGCGCAAGAUGAUCGCGGAGAUCUCGAGCGACGUUGAGAAGACCGAGAAGUCAUUGAUGGAUGCCAUCUCUUCGCUGGACAACAAGUCGUGGGCUGGGUGCAUGGGGAGGGUCCAGCUCGGCCAUGAUCAGAUCACCGAGUUCGUUGAGCAUGCGGUCGAGGACCCUUCGGAGAAGCACCUGGAGAUCAUGUCCGAGAAGGGUGGCGUUCCCUGGCUGACUUUCGUUCGACCCUACACAUGGCGUGCUGGGCCAAAUCAGUGCCCUUUGCCUGGUAUGGCCGCGGUGUUCGUUGCGAAGACCGACUCGAUUGUGGUCCAGAUCGUGGACGCCAGUGAUGUGGUCAAGAACGGGGUGGCCCUCACCGACCUCAAGAAGUUCAUGGACACGGCGGAGGGUGGCAAGACGUACCAGAAGAAGUCGCAUGUCUUCAAGCUACGGGUUGGGGACGUCCUAUUCGUUCCCUUUGGGUUCAUCAUGAUGCCGAUCUACUGCCCCCCGACCGCCACGAUGGAGAAGGCCAGCAAGUCCGAGGCUAUGACAAUGGUUGGAAAAAUCUGGAGCAUGACGCUGCUCAACGACAAGUGGGUGAACACCACUGUCCACAAAGAGACCUGGGCUGCCAUCCUGAAGAUCAACAUGGACCACCUCCAGAAGUCGCGCACCACCAACUCGCUCUGGGGCGAGCGCUUUGACUUCCUGAAGAAGUUUGUUGAUGCCCUCAGC